AUGUCAAGUGAAUUCGCGACCUUGGGCAUCUCUAAGUGGCUGGUCGAGGCCUUACAAGCCAUGAAAAUCACACAACCAACGGCUAUUCAAAAGGCGUGUAUUCCUCAAAUUCUGCAAGGGAAAGAUUGUAUAGGCGGAGCGAAGACAGGGUCUGGUAAAACUAUUGCAUUCGGCGCGCCAAUGCUCACAAAAUGGUCUGAGGACCCUAGCGGUAUGUUUGGGGUUGUGUUAACUCCAACGCGAGAGCUGGCGAUGCAAAUCGCAGAGCAGUUCACAGCACUUGGAAGUUCCAUGAAUAUAAGGGUUGCAUUAGUAGUGGGUGGCGAAAGUAUAGUUGAUCAAGCUAUCAAUCUCCAAAGAAAGCCGCAUUUUAUCGUUGCGACGCCUGGGCGCAUGGCUCAUCACAUCAUGAACAGUGGUGAGGAUACUAUCGGAGGACUGAAAAGAGCCAAAUUUUUAGUCCUGGAUGAAGCAGAUAUAUUGCUUACAGACACAUUCAGCGAACACCUUGCAACAUGCAUCAGCAUACUUCCCCCUAAGGAAAAAAGACAAACUUUACUUUUCACAGCGACUGUAACUGAUCAGGUCAAAGCGCUUCAGAACGCGCCAGCCGCCGAAGGCAAACCUCCGCUUUUUUCCUAUGAGGUGGAGAGCAUGGACAAAGUAGCCAUUCCCAGCACACUCAAAACCACAUAUCUGCUCGUCCCUGAGCAAGUUAAAGAAGCUUAUCUCUACCAGAUCCUUACUAAUGCGACUUACAAUGAGUCGAGUGCCAUCAUAUUCGUUAAUAGAACAGUAACUGCCGAGAUUCUUAGAAGAACGCUCAAGCAGCUGGAUGUCCGCGUUGCUUCACUUCACUCCCAAAUGCCUCAGCAGGAGAGAACAAACUCACUGCAUAGAUUCCGAGCGAAUGCUGCUCGGGUCCUCAUAGCUACUGACGUCGCGUCCAGAGGUCUUGACAUUCCUACCGUACAAUUGGUCAUUAACUAUGAUAUCUCUUCGAACCCUGAUACAUUCAUUCACAGAGCUGGUCGUACAGCUAGAGCAGGAAGAAGCGGUGAAUCCAUAUGUUUCGUCGCCCCGCGAGAUGUCUCGCGCAUUGAAGCCAUCGAAGAGCGAAUUAACAAAAAGAUGGAAGAAUUCAAAGAUGUGCAUGAUACUGCGGUCAUAAGAAAGGCUCUAAAUAAGGUCACUGUUGCAAAAAGGGAAAGUCUCAUGUCCAUGGAGAAGGAGAAUUUUGGAGAACGGAGAAAGCUUCAUCUAAAGAAGAGCGGCUUGAGCAAAAGCUAUAGGAAUAACUAG